CCCGAGGCAGCUCUGUGCCUUGGCCUCUCAGACCAGACGCUGUUGUCUUCAGAAGAAACUGGGGCCUUAGAAGAAGCUCGAGCCUGGCUGAGUCGGUACACGGAGGGCCCAACCAGCGUGAUUCGGGCUGUGAAAAAGGUGGUGGCAGCGGGAAGAGAGCUACCGCUGGAAGCUGCCCUACGGACAGAAAAGGACGUUUUUGGAACUGUGUGGGGUGGGCCUGCCAACCUGCAGGCAUUGGCUAGGAGACCGAAACAUAAAUGA